AUGAUGAUUAGGAAUAUUUGUAAGUGGAUCCACAGUAAACCGCCAUUACUCAAUGCAUCGUUCAUUUCUUUAAACGGAAGAAAACGAUACAACGAUUCUAAAUGGCUACACACAACGGUUGGCUUGCUACGUAGGGUUAACGAGACCAAUAGAGAACCUGCAGAACCUGUCACUUUAGCUCGUAGGCUUGUUCCUGAUGAUGCUAAUGUAGUUGGCAAUAUUCAUGGUGGUCAUAUUUUACAACUGAUGGAAGAAGCUGGACAUAUCGCUGCAACCAAACACUGUAAUAGCGAUAAAAAGAUGACUGAAACAGAUAAUACAACUAUUUCCAACACUGCUUAUAUGACACGUCUCGAGCAUAUGGAUUUUCUGCAGCCAAUGUUUGUGAACGAGAUAGCUCAAGCAAAAGCUGAAGUAGUAUUUGUAUCGGAGCACUCCUUAGCAGUAGAGGUUAAAGUUACAGCAGAGAAUAUAUACAAGGGAACCCGACGAUUAACAAAUCGGGGCAUUCUGUGGUAUGUACACUUCAACGUUGACAAAACUAGCCAAAAUUUAGAUAUCGCCAAAGUUCCUCCACUAUCAUACAAUAUUCAAAAGCAGCAAGAAUAUCGACAAUUAUAUGAAAGUCGAAAGAGGGAUAACAAGCUGGGUAAAGAUUUUCGUAAUACCAUAAAUGAAAGUGAUAUUACUUCGGAGAAUAUUCAUCGAAAUGAAGCUAUCAAUCAAAUAGAAGGUACUAUCGUAGCAUCUGAAUCUGUUUUAGCACACUUAAUUAUGCCUUCUGAUUGCUAUGAAAUAAAGUUUGCAACUGGUGGUUGCUUAAUGAAACUUAUGGAUACGGCUGCUGCUAUGGUUGGUAUCAGACACUGUAAGUCAGCUGCUGUCACCGCUUCCAUAAACGAUAUUGAUUUCUAUAGGCCGGUUAAGUUGAGUAGUCUCAUUACCAUCGUUGGAAGAUUAACUUUUACCUCUGGGAAAUCGAUGGAAACUAACGUUCGAGUGUUUGCCAAGAACAUUCGUACCGGCAGCCAAUACAUCGCUAGUAGUUCUUUCUUUAAUAUGGUAGCAAUGGAUAGUAAUUGUAUGCCCCUUAAAGUUCCGCCAUUAGUAUUAACUACUGAUGAUGAAAAGCGACAAUUUGAAGAAGGUAGAGUUCGUUACGAAAAUAGAAAAAAAAGUAGAGUGAAUAAAAUGGAUUAG